ACCGAACCGGCCCGGCCUGUGAUCGCGAAACGCUGCUCGGCCAGAGUGAGUUCGGCGCCCGGCGGCGAAGGCGGCGCUGCUUCGUCCCCAAAGCGCUCGACACAACAACCGCGCUCGCUCCUUUACUUAGCACGCCUUGUCGUCAUCUGCGUCGGCGUGAAAACACGUUGUCGUCCUUUGUCAUCGAAAGAGACGUGACAACUUGGCUCUUUCCGGCCGACACUGCUCGAAGUGGUCGCUUUUUUUUUUCUAUUCCUGUCGCUGGAGUUCGCUUGCGCUUCGAGAGGGUAGCGGUUACUUAGUUCGGGCCAGACUAGCCGACGCUUCCAUCUUUCUCGUAUAGGAGCCUGUUGCCGAGUUCACGCACGUUGUAGCACAGUCUAGAGAUAGAGAGCUCGUAGAUAACGGUAAGGUCGUAGGCGGACAGAAAAGAGGGGAAAAAAAGUUAUUAGAAGUAGGUUUGGUAGGGUGAAAAGUGAAGUUUUCAUUCGGUCAAUCAGUAGAGAACCGCGCCAGAAGCGAUAGUGUUAGCCGGUAGGGCCCUGUGGUAAUAUACGGAAAGCAGCGGCACGUUAGACAGUCAAGACAACUGCAUCGAGAAGCCUCGGACGACGUAAGGUGCAAGCAGUCGACGACUGGGAUCAAGUGCAGCGGCGGCGCCCGAAGAAAGCUCCGCUCCCUCCUGGGGUAGCCGCACUGCGUAGGAAGAAGCAAGGAAGCAAGGAACCACAGGGGGGUCCAUGUCCUCGCGGCUCCUGGCGUGCUGGCUGGCCCUGGCGGUGGCGCUGACGCUGCUGCUGUCCGAGGCGCAGGGCGCCAAAGGCCGCGGAGGCAAGCGGGGCCGCGGCCGCAUGCGCUCCUCCGGCUCGGCGAGGUACAUCUUCUACACGCACCCCAAGCGGAAGGAGUACUACGACAACCCGAACGGUGCCCAGAUUGAGAAGGCGUCACACUUCGACUACGAGUUCUUUCUGGGCCACAAGAUCGUGUUCAUCUGUGUGGCGCGCGGCGUGCCUCGGCCCCGCAUCACCUGGUACAAGGACGGCAUCGAGAUAUUCGCUCACCCAUACAUGCAGUCCAUCCUGCAAAUAUCCGAGUGGCAGCUAGAAGGAGAUCGAAUCAAGAGCAAGCUUGAAAUUGACCCGGCAAGACAGAUGGACUCUGGCAACUACGAAUGCCAGGCUGACAACAAGUACGCCAUCGACAGCCGGACCUUCAAAGCCGACUUCAGCUCCUUGGGCAGCUAGGCUGCAGCUGGUUCCUUGAAACAAGUACGACGGCAGGUACUAUCACAAGACAAGUGCCACAUCCAACCGACACAUGCACCCACUAAGAAUACCCACAUUAAUCAGGCCAUAAAUACUGCUGAGCGAAAGCAACAUGCAUCUUUCAAUGCGGCACAGUGGAUGAUUAUGCACAUGAAAGGUUUGAUUCCACCAACAACUGAAAGAAAGUCCGAAAGGAAAUCAAGCGAUUUGGUUUUUACUUGACUAGCGUUAUACAAAUGGAAGAACAGAAACUUCUCAGAAAGCAAGCCGCACACCAAUUGACAAACUGUAGACUAUCCUGUCGCAAACCUAAAACUAAUAUUGUCCUGGCUGAAAGAUCUCCAUCAUUUACCAAUUUCAUUCCUUCGGUUAUCGCAAGUGAGGCAUCCAAUCUGCCAACACAUUACGAAGCAGAGAAAGGACAAACAUGACUCGCUUUUGAGUGAAUUAGAAGAAGUAAGGACAAUGCUUUCAAGGUUUUUUUUUUCUUUAUCAUUAUGCUUUAAACUUACAGAGUUCUGCCUGUUGCUCAUCUAGCUCUCGAAUCAUAUAGGUACUCAAAUCGUAGAGGCACGCCUGCGCUGUAAAUAGUCCAAUUCUAAUCAGCCUUCACUCCAUCCACUUAUAGCAAAGCCACACAUAACACAGAAAACCAACAAAAAUGGACACUCAUAGAGCUUACUACACCUGAACACCCGCUGCUUUGUAGGGUGUUGUUUCCUGUCCUAAAACAGACUACGGGAUAGCAAAAACAAGAAGAGUACUAUCAAAAAGAAGUAGCACUCAGCUCCUAUCAGCAAUCAACUUAUCAUAAACGCUUACUUCUUUCUAAAAAGCUUAAAUUCAGAACCUAUUGCAUCUGAAGAUUAUUUAUAUGGAGAAAUAAAUACGAAACAAGCUCACAUUAACAAACCGCAAAACACUACAUCUCAUAAACUUCACACUGGACAAACAAAUUGCAAACAUAUGCAGGAAUUCUUUCUAAUGACAAUGAAAACGAUCUGAGGGGGAAAAAAUGUUAUCAAUGUGAAGAUAAGUUUUUAAACCUAAGACUACUAAACCAAGCUCUCCGCACUGUUAAGACUUUAAGGCCCGACAAAUUUUCAACAUGACACUACAGAAAUAGUUGGCAAAGACCAAUGUCACACACGCAAGCAAGAUGGUGGGUUCCAUUCACUCACAUUCACGAGUGUUUCUUCAUUAGCACCAUUAUCGUGUAGCGCAAACAUUCACAGCUCGCACAAGAGUGUAGUAGACACAACAGGUAUGCUUGUUUCCCGUUUAAAACUAACAGAACAACACCAAGACACACGUGUGCCACCCAGUGAUCACUGUUUCCCAGUACCUGUCAGUGCCAAACUCUCUUUCGUGCCGAAGAUAAAACAGGUGUCUUAUGCUUGGUACAAAAUGCCAAACACAAAACAGCAUGUGCAUUACAAGUUCCCUCAUUGCGCAUCCUGUGUGUAGCUCUCUAGCAGCUCAGCUCGUGUGUCCCUGAUUGUUGAAAAUAAAACAGAGUUCAGUCAGCUGUU